AUGGAAAAUUCAAAGCCUCAGUGUGGCAGCAACCAGGGCGGACCGAAAGCGGAAUAUGACCUGCCUCUUCAUGUUCUUGGUCUUUUUGUCGUUUUGUUCACGUCUUGUCUUGGUUGUGGCUUUCCGGUGGCUGCUAAGAAGAUUAAAUGGCUCAAGAUUCCGCCAAAGGUGUUUUUUGCUUGCAAACAUUUUGGGACCGGUGUUCUCAUAGCAACGGCAUUUGUACAUCUUCUGCCUACUGCUUUUGGGAGCUUAGGAAACCCUUGUCUUCCCGACCUGUUCACAGAACUAUAUACUCCUCUACCAGGGGUCAUCAUGAUGGCGUCGCUGUUUAUUCUUUUUGUUAUCGAGCUCUGGCUGAAUUCUAAGACUGGUGGGCACUCUCAUGGUGGUCCAACGGGUGAGGGUGUCGUUGCUGGCACACCUCAUCACCACGGACACUCAUCUGAGCAAAAACAUCCAAGUCCGGUAUUAAUCAGCCAAGACCGGAAGCUUCCUCGGCCGACGCCCAUGGCUUGGGAUGAAAAGGUUCAUAUGGUAGAAUACGAACGGAAACCAUUCGAUGAGAAGUCAUUCGACGGUCGGACCCUGCGCAGCAUCUACGAAGAUGACGAGAAUCAAGCCCACAGGCUUUCGACCAUGCCCGCCUGGUUUAUAGCCUUUUAUGAGCAGUAUGUCCGACAGCAUACUGAAAUUAUGGAUAUGCUGCGACCCAAAGGGAAUAGUUUCAAACUUACCGAUGAAGAAAAAGCUCACGCCACCGUUACAGAGUAUGCCGUGGACGAUGAGGAGGACAAGGUUGACCCGGACGUGCUGAGGAGGAUGUCAACCAACAUAACCCUUCUGGAAGGCGGAAUUCUCUUCCACUCUGUUUUUGUUGGCAUGACGGUAUCCAUUACAGUUGAGGGGUUUAUAAUCUUCCUUGUCGCCAUUUCAUUUCACCAAAUGUUUGAAGGGCUGGGCCUCGGGUCUCGAAUAGCCGCUGUUCCGUAUCCAAGAACGAGUUAUAAGCCGUGGUUCUUGGUAUUGGCCUUUGGUACGACUGCGCCAAUCGGACAAGCUAUCGGGCUCUUGACAAGAAACAGUUACGAUCCUGAUAGCGCACUUGGGUUAAUCAUUGUUGGAGUAUUCAAUGCAAUUUCUUCCGGUCUCUUAAUCUACGCAGCUCUGGUGGACUUGCUCGCUGAGGAUUUCUUAUCGGAAGAAGCAAAUGAAGUCAUGAAUGGCAAAGACAAGGCCAAAGCAUUCGGAUGGCUUCUUCUAGGAGCGCUUGGAAUGUCUAUAGUAGGCGCGUUCGCCUAA